UGUUUGUGUGUGUAAGGAAGAAGUGUGUAAGGGGGCAGGCAGAAGCAUUAAGGGCUUGGUCUAUCAGGUCUAUAAGAGCAGAGCACUGGCCUUCACAAGAGCAUACAUCUCUGAGGGACAUACAGGUUGUUUCACACAGGCAAAGGAAAGCAUCGGGACCUGAAUGAAAGAUGGGUUGGCAGAAGUCCAUGCUGGAAAAGCUUGCACACACUUUCCAGAUCCGCAACAAGCUACUGCGCCAGGGACUGGCUGAAUGCUUGGGGACUCUCAUCCUGGUGAUGUUUGGCUGUGGUGCAGUGGCCCAAAUGGUACUAAGUAGAGAAAGUCAUGGUCGCUUUCUCUCUGUAAACCUUGCUUUUGGUUUCGCUGCUACCCUUGGAAUCUUGGUUUGUGGCCAGGUGUCAGGCGGACAUUUAAAUCCAGCAGUUACAUUUGCUCUCUGCCUCUUGGGAAGAGAAAAAUGGAGAAAGUUCCCUGUUUACUUUUUCUUUCAAACAAUUGGAGCUUUCUUUGGUGCCGCGAUCAUCUUUGCUGAAUACCAUGAUGCAAUGUAUGAUUAUGCUGGAGAAGAUAAUUUAUUGCUCGUAACUGGGGAAAAUGCCACUGCUGGCAUUUUUGCUACUUAUCCAAGCCCACAUCUCACCAUCUUGAAUGGCUUUUUUGACCAGGUGAUAGGCACAACAUCUCUGAUUGUCUGCAUCCUGGCCAUUGUAGACCCCUACAACAACCCAAUCCCCCAAGGUCUUGAAGCCUUCACGGUGGGAUUCAGUGUCCUUAUCAUUGGACUCUCCAUGGGCUUCAAUUCUGGUUAUGCAGUCAACCCAGCUAGGGAUUUCGGGCCUCGUCUUUUCACUGCCAUGGCUGGUUGGGGUGGUGAAGUCUUCACUACCAGGGAUUGUUGGUUUUUGGUGCCAUUCUUCGCCCCCUUCCUGGGAUCCAUUAUUGGUGUGAUUGUGUACCAGCUGAUGGUGGGGUGGCAUGUGGAGGGAGAAGUAAAGGACAAAAAGAAUAAACCUGGGGAAGAGUCUAUGAAACUUAAUGACAUCACCAGCAAGGAGUGCCCUGCGUGAUCUCCAUAAGCCUCCGCACAGUGGAUCCACAUAAACUUUCUGCUUAUUGGUCUCCGACUUCAAUAAAUGUGUUUUGUUCCACACAAGACUCCCAUUCUGGAAGUCUUGCAGACCAUCAAAUGAACUUAAAACAAAAUGCUGCAAAUUUCAAGUUUUCUUAAAUGUUCCAUGAGAUAUUGUAGUUUUUUUUUUCUUUAGCAUGAUUCAGAUUUUUCUUCACACAUCCUUCAAGUUCCUCAGUUAAGGGAAAAAAGGUGUUUCUUCAGCAACACGAAUUAUAUUAAUUCACUGUCUUUUAAACGUACUAACGAUGCAGUGUAGCACCUAUCAACACACAUUUACAGUAUUUCACACUUUUAUACCACUAUUAUCCAAAUAUGUAGUCAUUCCUGGUGAGAAAGUUGAGCAGUUCUAUCAAAAAAUAGCCACAACACUUUUGUAUUGUCAUUUUAAUUUAAAGCAGUUUUUUUCUAUUAGCAGGAAUUACAACUAGUAUGCAUUAAAAUGAUUUUUUUUUUAUAAUUAUCCUGCAAUUGUAUAGCAUUACAGUCUUAAGACUAAUUUCAUUUCAUCCUCUCAUGUAUAUGUCAUAACCAUUUUAAUUUUUGAAUUGAAUGUUUUGAAGCAAUUGAUUGUUGUUAUCCUAAUAAAGGUUUUAUUAUUAUUAUUAAAAA